AUGGCUGGCCUCCUAGCAUCCAUGAUUCGGAAUGUUACCCCAUCAACAGCGAGGCACAGCGUGGCAAUCGCACUAGGCUCGAACCUUGGCGAUCGAUUCGCUAACAUCGAAAUCGCUUUACGCUUGAUUGAGCAACCCAAUCAACUGUUGACCAGCGUGGCUGCUGACGCCGUAUCGGUCGUUGAUACGAGCUUCAUGUAUGAAACCGCGCCCAUGUACGUCACAGACCAGCCAAGAUUUGCAAAUUGUGCGUGCUUAAUCGAGACGAACAUGGAGCCACGGAUAUUAUUGAAAUUACUUAAAAGAAUUGAAACGACAGUGGGAAGGGUGCCUUCUGUCCAGAAUGGACCUCGUGCGGUUGACUUGGAUAUAAUAUUGUACGACAACGAGAUCGUUGAUACCCGUGCUGAAGGCCUGAGAGAUACCCUUGAUGGUCUGGCCGAUGAGCUUGUCAUACCACAUCCACGCAUGGCAGAACGAGAGUUUGUUUUACGCCCUCUAGCUGACAUGAUCCCAGAAUUCGUGCAUCCGGUUCAUAAGAAAUCAAUACGUACCCUUCUGGAUGAUGUUGUCAGGCAGUCGAGCGUCGAUUUCCCAAUGCUCAAAGUCACCCCUUUCACCGAUUAUCCGAUUGCAGAAACACGACAGCUCCCAGGCAUCAUUCAGGUACCCUCCAUGGGAAGGUACUGGAGCACCCAUUGUUCAAAUGAAAUUCAGCGACCGACAAAAGUGAGGCUAAUGGCCACCUUGAAUGCGACUCCAGAUUCAUUCUCGGAUGGUUCUGUUAAUAAUACAUUGUCAGCUGCUCUGACUUACUCUGCAACUUCCGUACGAGCAGGUGCCGAUAUUAUCGAUAUAGGGGGUUAUUCAACUCGUCCGGGAGCAGCAUUUGUCUCACCCGAAGAGGAGUGCCAACGUGUAGUGCCUGUCAUUCAGGCUAUUCGGUCACAUGAAGAUCAAGACCUCAGUUCCGCUCUUAUUUCGAUUGAUACAUUCCGUUGGGAGGUCGCGGAAGCUGCUGUCCUGGCUGGUGCAAACUGCAUCAACGAUGUAUAUUCCUUCACGGGUCCUGAGUACCCCCUUACAGAAACUUCAGCAAAGCACCUCCUGAAAAUGCGAGAGGUGGCACGAAAACUCGCUGUUCCUGUCAUCUUGAUGCAUUCACGCGGUGAUGCAGGCUCAAACAAAGAUUACAGCCAGUACAAGGGCGGGGUUCUAGAAGGUGUGCGGGUUGAGCUGGGAGAGAAAGUGGAGGCAAUUAUUAAGGGCAAAGGCGGAGUACGAAGAUGGUUCGUUAUCGUUGACCCAGGUAUCGGUUUCAGCAAGACUGUCGAAGCAAACUGCGCACUGCUUCGCGAAGCUUCUUCGAUGAUAGCGAACACUCCCACGAAUAGACUCGCAGGAUAUCCGCAACUCAUUGGAUCGUCUCGAAAGUCAUUUCUCGGUGCGAUUUUAGAACGCCCGGAUGCGGAUGGGACAUACAAGGGGAGAAAAACCCAACCAAAAGAACGAGGAUGGGCAACGGCAGCAACCGUGGCUUGUGCUAUUCAACAGGGCGCAAGCGUUGUGAGAGUCCAUGAUGUACAGGAUAUGCGAGACGUCGUGACUAUAGCUUCAACUAUCUGGAGUUAUCCCUAA